AAGAUUCCUAACUAGUCUCUUUUGUCUUUUUUUCCUAUCUUUUCGGAAAUGAACAGAAACCGUAAAUAUAAAUACCUAGCUCGUGCAAGUAUCAUGCAACAAAAGCCUUUUCGAAAGCCAUAAACUAUUUGAGGUGUAAUCUCCUCUUCCUAGCUCUGGUAUAUUCUUUUCUACUUUUUUGGUAAAACUCUGAUAUAGUCUUACAAAAUGUUUCAGUGGUUUUUUUUUCUCUCUAUAAACUAGACACUCAUUUUGAACCUUUUAUGAUUCUAGUCAUGUAUAUAGCAUGCUAAGUUUUUUUUCAAGAGUUAUAUGUAUAUUUAUUUAACCUUUUUAGCGCUAAUCUGUCGAUAUGAUGCAGAGACUCGACGCCGUUCUUCGUCUCCGUAUCGAUGGAUGGUCACGCCGGUAUUCCUCCUUCAUACUCCGGUCUCAGCCAAUACCCGAGGGCUAACCCUUUUGGUGACGAGAGUUCCAAUAGAGCAACCAUGCCGCCGCCUAGCGGAAGCUCACUCCCACCCUUUCCACCGACAGGUCAGCCAUUCCAGUUCGGGUCGCAGAAUUUCAUCCCCGCGGGAUCAAGCCCCUCGCAGUGGAUGUUAUCUCAGGUUCCACACACGAUGCUCGAGUCCUCCUCAGUAGGCUCAGGGAGUAGUCAGCCGGCGUCUGUCUUCUCAGGCCUGUUUAAUGCAGAUCAACUGAGUAAGAUUGCUGCCUCUGACGAACUGAAAGAGAUGGCAGAAUCUGAUCCUAAGCAUCUCAAAAUAACCUUGUCGAACCGGGAAUCAGCUGCACGUUCAAAGGCGAAGAAGGCGCUGCACGAGUCCGAGUUGGAAGACAAAGUCGAGACACUUGAGACUCAGAUUGAUAUAUUGACUGCCGAGCUCAAGCUUGAGAAGAGAGGAAGAAUGACGGCGGAUGACGAGUGCGUGCAAUUUAGGAUUCGUCUUCAUGCAGGGGAGGCGCAUGCACGACUUCGUGAAGACUUGAUCCAACAAUUGAAUGGAGAAGUUCGUCGGCUAAUAGAAGAGGCGAGUGUGCAGAGAGAAGAGAUGAGUAGGCUAAGAGAAGAGGUGAGCGAAUACCGGAGGAGGGAAAGUGAGAGAAUGAACGCAAACAUGUUGGAUCAACUCAACAUCAACCAGCAGUUUCAAGAGAAGCCGCAGCAGACAAAUUAUAAUUUCGAAUGAAGAAUUGCAUCAUGAUGAUCAUGGAUCCAAGGAAUUGGCAGCUUUGGUAUCCAGGAUUGAUUGAAGUAGUAUAAAUAUUUAUAUAGUUUAAAAAUAAAAGUUGUUUGAGUUUAUAUAUUAUUAUAUGUGCAAGAGAGUCAUGCUAAGAUAUAAAAAAGAAUCAAUCCGAACUUCGGAAGGAUUUGAAAAGAGAUUCAGACAAAUGUGAUCUCUGUGUAAUGUCUUUUCUCAUCCAGUUGAAUAAGAAAAAGGAGUCUGUUUUAUCAUGGGAAUUUGCACUGUUUUUUUUCUUUCUGUCGUCGGAAUUUGCAUUGUAUAACUAUAAAAAAAACUAUAAUUUGACAAAUGACCAUAUGAAACUCAUGGCUACAGUAUUCUGUAUAUACUAUAUGAUCACUAAAUAUAGAAUAAUAUAUUAAAUACUCUCUCUCACACACAUUAUCAUCUUCUUCUUUAUCAUUUUCUUUAUUUUUUAUGCGCUUCCGGUGUAACGGAAGAACAUCUUUAUCAAAAACUUUUAAGUUUUAACUAUGUGCUAUCCCAAACCAUUUCCAAAUGUAGAGCUAAUUCACAUUAUCUACUCUAUUAAAAUAGAAUCCUAUUUUUUAUCUACCAUACACAAGUCUAUGUUAGACCAUUCAUUAGAAAUUUAACUAAACAUCCUAAAAUUACUCAUAUAUGAUAUUCUCCUAA